AUGCUGUCAAUUCGGCCCUCCAACCCUCAAAGAUGCACACCAAACUUGCUCCCUGCGCGGAUAAACCACAACGGAUCUAUAAACGAUGCUGAACGAUACUGGAAGCCUGAGACAGACGACAAAGGUUAUUGGUCAUCGUCGUGCAAAAACAUGGACAUUGGUUCUGACAUAUUUCCAGGAAAGCGACACUCAUAUUUCCGUGGACGACACCUCCAUGGCACUGCGCUUCCACUUCCCAAGAACUACACCGGCGCCAUUCUACAUGUUACCGAUCAGCAGUUACCUCAAAGUCAAACACAGCCACAACAACUGCCUGCAGACGAGGACGAUGAAGACGCCGAGACAGAGGAGAGCAUACCUAUCGAAGUCAACAUUGCGGAGCAAGUAGGAGAGUUUGACCAAGUCAUUGUAUGGGGACAUGGAGGUGAGGUCGAUGGAAGUGGGGAUGCAUUCAUUAGGGGGAUGAGCGAGUGGGUUGGGUUUGCAGAGAGCAUGCACAUUGAUGAAGAGGAAAAGGAUAAAGGCACAAAACCGGGGAGCAAUACUGUUUGA